AUGCCAAACGACUGUGGAUUGGCUGUUACGCCGCGAAUGAGAGCAAUCCUCACUCAACCCGGGUUCUUGUCAAGCAAUGGCGGCGGUCAGGAGCUUCGCGAGCUCUAUUCUAACGGCUCCGGAGAGUUCGAUAUGACUCGCCUUUCACCAUUCGGGUGGGCAUGCUGCGCAGGUCUGUUGAAAGCAGUCCAGAAGGCCGUUCAAACUGGCACGGCACCGCCCCUCAACGGAACGGAGACGCCUUAUGAAUUUAGCUAUGCCACGCUUAUCGUUAGCGGUGCCCAACGAGUCUCCGGGAAUGGAGGGAAUCCCGACGCUCUUAAACACGAACAGGUAUUGGAAUACCUCAUCACGCAAGGCAUGCCUGUAGAUAUACCCGACGUCGUUGGACAAACGGCGUUAUACCAUUCUAUCGUAUCUCCGGAAGCACGUGUCGACCUUGCGCGUAUCCUCAUAAUCUCAGGCAAAGCGAAUAUCAACCACCAGUCGAAAUACGGCGAAGUUGCGCUUCUCGGCGUGUUCCAGCUAAAUCGCGUCGAGGCGGCGGAUUUGCUGAUGGAGCACGGGGCUGAUAUAGAUAUUGCGGACGGGGACGGCUUGACGGCUCGAGAAUUCUGCUCGAAGGUAGGACCUGAGAUAACGGCCUGGAAUGACUGGGACAGUCAUAAAAGGAUAUGUAUACCCUUCUCACCAAGCAACACAGUCGCCGUCAAACCGUUCUAUAAUUCACGCCAUAUGACCGUGCACUCGACGGCCACCAAGACUCGCCAGAUUUUUGGGUUGCCUACAGGGCCUCAGAACCCUAAACAACUUCGAGCGUCCCACGUUCCAAAGUUGUCCAAAGGAGGGGAAGGCAAGGACAUGAUCAUCAAGAUACAAAUUUCGUUGGCCCGCGACAAUGCCGAUAUGUUGGUGUACGAUAAAAAGAGGGAGUUUGUAUGCGCCGUGAGGCGAGAGGAUGGAGAGGACGUGUACGACAGGAUGUUAGCAGUGAUCAACACCCAGGGCGUUGGCGGGAAAGCAUACUUCGCUGCGACUUUGAAGAGCGAAGAGGAAUUGAUUGUGAAAAUUGGGGAUGUACUUGCUGAGCAGCCUUUUUGA